GGCUGCAUUGAGAGGGAGCACCUUUUCCCUCUGCGCAUUCCUCCUCCACUCACAGUCCUUCAUUCGUCGCAAUCCCGUCGCAAAUCCGUGCAACGUUCAGUUGUGGUGCAGAGAGAAAAAGGAAAAGGCUCCUCACUUUCGGUCGCUUCUUCAGAGCCAAGAACGUCCAAGUGAAAAAAAAAAAAAAACUCCACCAGCCAUUGGCAUCGCACUGUGAACUCACUGGAAAAGCAGUCCAAGUACUUACUAGUCUGACUGCGCGGGCCCUGCCUGCCACUCGCAAGAGUUCGCUCCAUUCAGUUCUUCUCACUCGCCAUCCUGCGCUUCCCUUGACCUGCUUCCACCCUUCCUUUCAUUUCUACUAGUCUUUCUUCUCUUCCUUGACUCGCAUUUCUGCGUUGCGACUCGCAACACUUGCAACUCAAAAAAUUAAAAUAAAAGCGAGCGGUCUGACGCCGGCUGCUCCCUCUCACUUUUUUUCCGCCUCAGAUCGCCUGGCUUCUUCCACCGCCGUCGACCCGUCAUCCAUCCACAUCGUCGUCGUUCUCCUAUUUGCGUCGGCAGCGCCACGCAACGCUAUACCGCCAAAACGAGCAUUGUUCUCAAUCCCACAAUGAACGUGCUCCUAUCGCCGCAGCCGCCCUUCUUCCCUCACCAACACGAACCCUCUCGCCGCUCGCCGCCUAGAAUAAUGUCGCAACACACCAUGGCGUCCAGGAAAAGAAAAGCAGACGACGAUGACAACGAAAUGUCGAUAUCGCCGACCGGCUCGCCCGCAAUCAACUCGCGGCAGCUCUCGAGGCCAUCCAAGAAGGUCAGGGCUGGAAUCGAACUUGCAGGACGUCCGCUGCCUCUUCCUCGCCUACUCGAAACUCUGGACAAGUCACAGUUGCGAGCUGUCCUCCAGACGAUUUGCGAGCGUCAUCCGGGCAUUGGACAUGAGGUGAUGGUGUCUGCACCGCGACCGUCAGUCAACGGAGCCCUCGAGGUUUUGGGCGAAUAUCAGGACAAGCUACGGGCCGCCAUUCCGUUCGGCAACUCGAGUUCCGAAUACACCUACUUCCGAGUCAAGCAGCCGCUCAUGGCGUUGGUGGAUGCUCUCGGCGACUUCACCCCCCAGUUCCUGCCGCCGGUUGAGCAACAGGCGACCGUGUCGUUGGAGUACCUGAACCAUGCAACAAAGAUCGUUCACGACCUACCCGAUUUCGACAGCCAGCAGUAUCGCCACCACAAGGACGGAGCGUACGACGAGAUAUCCAGAGCUUGGGCGUUGGUGAUCACGGAAGCGGCCAAGCGCGGAGGAGGCUUCCACCUGCACAACGGAAAGUGGGAUCAGGUCCUGGCUAAGCACAACCAGCAGUCUGGAGGAAAGCUAGAGCAGGCCAUGAACGCAAUGGUCAACGAGGUUGGAUGGGUCGGCGCGAACUCGAAUGCCCAUGGGCAGGGUUCUUCUUCGGACCCCAACUCGAUACUCAACCAGCUCAUCAACGGCACAUAUGGCGCACCUGUCCAAGUUGGUCCCUUCUAGAACAGGCGACGGCAUGAACAUGCAAGUGCGCCAUGACUUUGGAAUUUAUACGGAUACUCAUGGGACUGGGAGGAUAAGCAAAGCGGACAUUCAGGUCGAUUGCAUCAUGGUUUCUUUUGUCGUUCACUUUUUCAACAUUCAGGGCAUUGUUUGGGGCGAAUGGGGAAGGAUGACAUAGACAGGCGUGGGUUACUUGCGGGGAUCAUUGUUUUCAAGGCGUUGGCGUGUUGGCUUCCUGAAUGCUGUUGUUUCUUGCCUUCAUUGUUGUCUUUCUGGCCACAUCUCACUGGCACAAGAUACCUCUUUCCUACCGGCUGUCUCUCGUUCUAGGGGAACGACUUGUUCGUCACUUGCAUGUACGCAAUCUUUAGCAUAUUCUUUCCGAGGUCGGAAGUGGAGCAUGUGUGUAACCAACCAUCACUACCAUAUUCAUUCCACCAUAGCCACGCAAUUGGUAAAACGAAGUCUCGGAUAACACAGUGUGCCUGGCGGGUGAUUUGGUGUAGAUACCCGUACACCCGCAACAUGUCCCGGGUUCAUUGGGUGUAUCCCGAGGUGAAUUUAGCGGUUUGUUGGGAUCAAUCAAACUCGACUUGCAUCUUCAUUGAUUCUGUGAUCCAAGCAAGCCGUUUCCAACAAUGAAGUUGGAAGU